UACCAGUACACAUCCGAGCCUUGCCAGCGCUCUCUCCUGCCUCCUCCCGCCGUGUCUCAGUGAAUAUGUGAUCAGUGGAGUGGAGGGGAAUCAUUAAUACCUCCUCGUCUUCUAUUCUCGCUCCGUCAGUGGCUGAAAAAGAGACGUUGAAGGAGGAAAAGGAUGAAAAAAAGCUAUUGUCGGGUAAACGAGUGGCGGAACAGAAAAGAAGGUAGUGUGUGUGUGUGUGUGUGUGUGUGUGUGUGUGUGUGUGUGUGUGUGUGUGUGUGUGUGUGUGUGUGUGCUCAGCGUGUUUGGAGAGGAUGGCAGCUCCUUCAGGAAAGCUUGAGACAGAAAGGAAUCUGUGGUGAAGCAUCGAACAAAUUGAGAGAGAGAGAGAGAGAGAGAGAGAGAGAGAGAGAGAGAGAGAGAGAGAGAGAGAGAGAGAGAGAGAGAGAGAGAGAGAGAGAGAGAGAGAGAGAGAGAGAGAGAGAGAGAGAGAGAGAGAGAGAGAGAGAGAAUAUUCCGUUGCGAAAGGUGAUUCCAGGAAGGACACAGCUCGUCUGGAAGCGGGCACAAGUUACCUGGAUGUCUCACACGUGCCUGCCAACACACACCACUAUCAACUGUUACCGCCCUGCCAUCGCCGCGUCCCGGGAGGACUUGGAGAGGAUAAAACAGUGCGAUAACAAGACACAGUGCACCCUUACGUGAAUCUUGGAUGGUGUGAAGAGCCGCGGGGAGACGUAGCGGGGAAUGAAGAGAAGGUGGGGUCUAGUAAUGUGAACAGUGCUGAGUGGAUAUUGAAAGAGCAGCAGGAUGGAGGAUGGAAAGGAAAGCAUGUCAUCUUCUCAAGCGGAGGAGAAUGUGCGGGAUUUGAUGCGCUUGUUUCAGGAGCUGUGUCAGGCUGGCGUGGCUUUGGAUAAUAUGAAGGAGACAAGCUUUUCAGGUGAGCCAAGUAACGCUUCCACUUCCCCCACCGCUGCGAUGGACGACCACACCGCCAGGAAGGAAAAGGAGGAUGAGGAGGAGCAGAAGAUGGCGGUUCUUUACAUAGUGCUGGUCCUCCUCUUCUUCUCCGCCUCCCUCAUCGUCCUCCUGAUGCGACACGUGAGGCGCGAGAAGGAAACGGGAAAGCUGGAGAGGUUCUACAGAGACUACUUGCUGACUACUCACACCAGCCCUGUCGUGUACUUCGAUGAGCGAGGGCGGCCCCUGCAGAGGAAAGGACUUCAGAUGUCUCCUUCACGCCCUCAAGGUGCUGCUCCAGAUGCUACGUCCACCUCCUCGGAAAGUGACAUCGUAGAAUCCUUCGGCCCUCAGUCAGCGCCCCAGCACAGCAGCAGCAGCAGCAGCAGCAACAACAACGGUGGCGGCUUCCAGUGAGUCUUCCGGGACAGAUCUGGAUGAAAUAAUUGGCGGUACUAACGCUGGUAAUUGUUUUUGUGACGCUACGAGGCACUUAAGCCCUCCCGUGACACCUGGUGCACCUGUUGAUGGCCCUGUACCUGCCGCGGGGCACACAAACGCACCUGCACAGCCCGGAAAUGUCGCACCUUCCACAGCUACACGCGAGGGAGCGAAAACAGAAUGUGAUACUGCACCACUCAACGCGACACUCACCCCAACACUUCCCGCGCCUGAAAAAUGCAUAGAAUGUGACAACCCAUCAAUUGAGGCUACUGGAGAGCACAACACUGGUGAAUUAUUCAUCAAAGAGCCUUCCGCCACUAUACAAGCAACGCAAUGCAACACAAAGAACUCACCGUCCCUUAAAAAAUUAAUAGGGAAAUCGACCUCGGUAUAACGGGAAAUAAAACAAUAAAAAAGGACAAAGCCAGCACGUGAACAAAGCCUCGUUCCACAGCACACGGCAACACGAGGGACACGUGGCUGACAUCACAACAUCGCCACCAGGACUUGCCGUAUUCUAAAAUGCAUUGUUCUUUCACCCUCACUGCUUUCUAAAGGCUCUAGUUGAAGAUCUCGUGUUUUUAAUCCCGUCAGUAAUGGGACGCAUUUUUACCAUGAUUUUUUGGAAAUUAGACGAUUUUAUUUGCAUUAAGACUUCAGAAAAUUAAUGGCUAGAACCUCCACUAUUGAAAUCCUCAUGUAAGUUUCUGAAUCUUUGUGAAAUCACCAAAAAGUAUGCAGAAUGAAUAUGAAAAACGCGGCAUGGUACUGAAGGGGUUAAGAGUAUUUCUAUGGUUCUAGUGAUGGAUUAGCAAGAUAUCAAGUUCAUUAAAAGGAGAAACUGUGUUGAAAACCUUGGUAGUCGCCUCUGUGGCCUUGGAAAAUUGCCGUGGGGAGAGAGAGAGCAAGGCAUUUCUGAAUAUGGUCGUUAUCAGCAAAGCGAAUAAAAGAUCAAAUCGAUGAACGCAUGACUAAAGGGUUCCUACGUAGCACAGCGCCGCGCUCCACAGAAUUAUCGCUCAAGUGUAACAUUAGUCCCGGAAACGAUUCUGGCGUGGCGAUAAAGAGAAAUGUUAAUGAGGUGGCGGAAAAAUAAUGACAGGGAACGCGCGGAGGGAGUGAUGUUAGCGCUGGUCGCGGCCGUGUGGAACUGUCGCGGCGGAGUGAUGAGGCGAGUAAAGGGAAUAACAGGAACGCAGGGAAUGGAUUGGCGUGGAAUUGGCGGCCUAAUCAUGAACGCUCCGACACGUCAUUUGAAAAACUAGUUGUAGACUCUAAUGGAAGGCAGUGGAGUGUUCAAAGGUGUUUUCAUGAUUCCUCUGACAUUUUGACGAGGAUUAGAAGUGUGCGCCAUCGAAGUGUAGAUAAUGACCUUAACAAUCCCAGUGAUUUCUGUGGCUCUUCAAAAUAAUCUGUACGAGAGAAUAAUGUGUGUAGGAAUAUUGGUCUGUUAUCGAGUGACAUUUGAGAGAGAGAGAGAGAGAGAGAGAGAGAGAGAGAGAGAGAGAGAGAGAGAGAGAGAGAGAGAGAGAGAGAGAGAGAGAGAGAGAGAGAGAGAGAGAGAGAGAGAGAGAGAGGUCUUAUAUAUAUUUCUAUUACUUUGUGGCUUGAAAUAUGUUACCAAUUGUGUUAAUACUACAAUUUUUACCAUUAUUACCACUGGUACUGUAUUCAUAAUUGUUGCAGCACUAUAAACUAUAAAAUACUGAGGAAACUAACAUUUAUUACAUUGCUGUUGAUAAAGAAACAUACAAACAA